CUGGUAUCCCCAUGGGUUCCGCAAACAACAAAUAAGGGCGGCAUCAAAUGACACUGACAGUGCCCAGUCAGAUAACCGAUGCGGAAGAGGCUUCCGCCCUCACCUCCCUGCCCUCCUAUACAUGAGCACACUGACAGCAGCCGGCUGAGGGAUAGGAGCAGAGCUGUGCGGACAGGAAAACAGUUAGUGUUGAUUGAAAGCUCUCAGCCAAUCAGCGGCGUGUCCGGGGGUGCGGCGGAGCCCUGAUUGGUCGGACUGGGCGGGGCCUGUCACUGGCAGCAGGGUGCUGGGAGUCUGGUAGAAGCAGUGAGAAAGUGAGUGGCCGCCCGAGGCUCGGUGCCCCCGGCCAGGCCGCCCUAUGGAGCUCGAGAAUAUCGUGGCCAACACCGUGCUGCUGAAAGCCAGGGAAGGUGGUGGGGGUAACCGGAAGGGAAAGAGCAAAAAAUGGCGACAGAUGUUACAGUUUCCACAUAUCAGUGAGUGUGAGGAGUUGCGGCGUACACUAGAACACGACUAUCACAGUCUUUGUGACCGUCAACCAAUUGGACGGCUCCUAUUUCGUCAGUUUUGUGAGACUCGUCCGGAGCUGAUGCGCUGCGUCCACUUUCUAGAUGCUGUGGUAGAGUAUGAAGUGUCGCCAGAUGAGAAGCGUAAAGAGUGCGGGCAGAUGCUGAUUGAGAAGUAUCUCACAAGCAUGAGUGAAGAUUAUAUCACAGAGGUCCCUGAACAACUCGUCAGUGGUUGCACAGAGAGCUUGGAGAACAAACCAUGUAAAGAUCUUUUUAAAGACUGCUCCAAACUUGUCCAUGACUUCCUUAGCAUGGCUCCAUUUUCAGAUUACCUGGACAGCCAAUAUUACAACCGCUUUUUGCAGUGGAAGUGGCUGGAAAGGGAGAUGGUCACAAAGAAUACAUUUCGUCAGUACAGAGUUCUGGGCAAAGGGGGCUUUGGAGAGGUCUGCGCUUGCCAAGUGCGAGCAACAGGCAAGAUGUAUGCCUGCAAGAAACUGGAGAAGAAACGCAUUAAGAAACGGAAAGGAGAAUCCAUGACAUUAAAUGAGAAACAAAUCCUAGAGAGAGUCAACAGCAGGUUUGUAGUUAGUCUGGCUUAUUCAUAUGAGACAAAAGACGCUCUCUGCCUGGUGCUAACGCUAAUGAAUGGAGGGGAUUUGAAGUUUCACAUUUAUCACAUGGGAGAGUCAGGGUUUGAUCAGGACCGAGCAAUAUUUUAUGCUGCGGAAAUCUGCUGUGGACUCCAAGAUCUACACCAAGAAAGAAUAGUGUACAGAGACUUAAAACCAGAAAACAUUUUGCUGGAUGACCAUGGUCACAUUCGGAUCUCUGAUCUGGGACUUGCUGUGCACAUUCCAGAGGGCCAGACUAUUAAAGGAAGAGUAGGCACUGUGGGCUACAUGGCGCCGGAAGUGGUGAGGAAUGAGCACUACACGUUUAGCCCGGACUGGUGGGCACUGGGUUGUCUGCUCUAUGAAAUGAUUGAAGGACAGUCCCCUUUCCAGCAGAGGAAGAGAAAGAUCAAGCGUGAGGAGGUGGAGCGCCUGGUAAAGGAGGGCCAAGAGGAAUAUUCUGCCAAGUUCAGCCAAGAAGCAAAAUCUCUCUGUGCCAUGUUGCUGUGUAAGGACCCUGAGCAGCGUCUGGGGUGUCGUGGUGGGGGUGCACAGGAAGUGAAAGAGCAUGAGUUGUUCAAGCAUAUACAUUUCAAGAGACUUGAAGCAGGGAUACUAGAACCUCCAUUCAAACCAGAUCCUCAAGCAAUCUACUGUAAAGAUGUUCUGGACAUAGAGCAGUUCUCCACAGUUAAAGGCGUAGAACUUGAGCAAACAGACAGUGACUUUUAUCACAAGUUUGCCACAGGCUGUGUGUCUAUACCUUGGCAAAAUGAGAUGAUAGAAACAGACUGCUUCAAGGACCUCAGUACACUGCCCAUGGAUGGAACGGUCCCACCUGAUCUAGACUGGAGGGGUCUUCCUUCCCCACAACCGAAAAAGGGGCUCCUGCAACGAUUCUUCAGCAGGCAGGACUGUUGUGGAAAUUGUAGUGACGAUGAAGAUGAGCCAACACGCUUAUAGCCCCUGUGGGACCCUAAGACUGCUCAAAGAUGAAUUGGUUUACACUUAUUUUUAUUUUAUUUUUUGCACAUAUAUUGCCUCACACUUCCUCUGCAGAAAGGCAUUACAAUAAGGUGAUCUGAAUCGCGCCUCAAUCGUCUGCUAAAGGAAAGGCGUUAAAUAUGUUAUUGUAAUGUAUAAAUAUGAAAUCUAUAAAUAUAGGAAUGUAUAUUUUUCAGCAUUUUGCCCUCACUGGCUUUAGGAGCUCCUUCUCUUGCUGCCAUAGGCCAAAGGACUGCACAGGCCUCUCAGGAAGGAAUGGCUACCAGAAAUCCUGCAAUGUUAACUGUCCUCUAUUUUUAUCUUUUUGUCCUAAAAGAUGUUUUUAUUUUGUUUAAAAAAAAUAUGUAUUUUUUUUACGUAUAAAUAUAUAUAUAUCUAGGUAUAAGUGGGUUGACUUGAACAGAUUGUCCCUGCACCAAAUACCUAUCCAUCAUAAGCUCCUUUGUACGUCAUGUUUGUUUGUUAUUCUUAAGUGCGAUAUAAAGUUAAGAGUAAUGUGUAA